AUGGACACCGCAGGAGUGAGUCACCAGAAGUAUGGGGUCGUACAGAUUGCUCACAUGAUCUACCUAGUCCGUCGUGUCAAAUGUGAUGAGGCACGGCCCUCAUGUGUAAAGUGCACGUCAACUGGUCGUACCUGUGACGGCUACGAAGAAGCAGCAGAACAGCAGUCACCGAUUCAGACUGUUAUUGCCGGAUACGCUAACUCCCAGGAAGCGCGCUCUAUCCAAUUCUUCAUCGAGCGCACACUGUCUCAACUAACAUCCUUCUUCCCUGAUGAGUUCUGGGGGAUCAGCGUAUUGCAGGUUGCUCAGUACGAGCCCAGCAUUUCUCACGCCCUGGUCUCAUUUUCGGCAUAUCACGAGGCUUUUACAAACGGCAUACCUGGGUAUAAGAGUCCGUUCGCAUUAAAGCAUUACAAUCUGUCUAUCAAGGAGCUACAUGCUUCUCACAGCUCGCUGUCGCAUGUCCACUUAGUGUCUUGUUUAGUUUUCAUUUGCAUUGAGAUCUUGCAAGGACAUACUGAAACUGCAAUCAGAUUAUUCAAGCAUGGACAUCACAUGGUGAGCCAGUUCCGUCAAGCUACAGGACAAAAUGGCAUCCUUGAUCAUGUGAAAACCCUGUUUAACCGGCUCGCGUUGCAGGUUGCUAUACUUGUAGGCGACGUGAUGCCUCAAAUUUCCCUAAAGUGUUCUUCAGGCUCGCGGUUGACGAUGGUCAACACCAACUACAUAUUUAGCUCCCUAUUGGAAGCCAGGGAAGCUCUUUAUGCUAUUCUGGCGUUAAGAUUAACGGAAGCGGCGGGAAAUUCUGUACUAGUCACUGCAUUUUCUCAGUGGUCCCAAGCAUUCGACAACUUCAUCAUUUCCCGUGGUGCACUAUCGUUCUCUCCCAACGAGCAAAGAUCACUUGCACUCAUAGACUUACACCGCCGAUACUUCAACAUAGUCCUGCCCUGGGAGAGUGUGCACAACCACAAAGACGUACUCAGCCUUGACAACCGCACAAGUGACUUCGAGGAGCUAGUAGACUGUGCCAGCCGUGUUCUGGGUCUUGAAGCAACAGACACCGUGUCACAAGCAGCCCCUCUAUUCCACCUUGAAAUCGGAGUGGUACCUGUUUUGUUUGUGAUAGUCGCAUGGUGUCGCGAUCCGGGAAUUCGCCGGAGGGCAAUCUCAUUGCUGAUGUCCAGGCAGGCUCAGGAGGGCGUUUGGAGCAGCCAUUUGACUGGAAGAGUUGCACGGCGAAUUAUGGAAGCAGAGGAGGAAAAGUUAGAUGUACGCAGUUGCAAAGACGUUCCUGGUCCGAGGAGGGUAAGAAGCGUAUAUGUAUCGCUGGGCCCUGGAGAGAGACAGGCAAUGAUACGAUAUGAACAACAGGAUAGAGAGUGGGAAGAAGUUAUUGGAUGGUAAAUAAGAUAUGGCGAUGUGUAAUAGAGUUCGAAUCUUAUUUUACAGGGCC